GGAAAUUUCCUGGAUUGGCGCUGUUUCUGUUCCAAUAGAACUUCCACACCAAGAGUCAAGCAAAGCAAAGACUCCAAACUCCAAAGUCAAUGCGUCGUUGCCUCGACAUUUCAUUCAUCAAAAGCUUAAAACCCCAUUUUUCCUUAGCUUCAUUUCACCACAAUCAUCAAUCUUUCUUCAAGAUUCUUGAUCACCAAACGGAAAAUUAAAUUUCCCAUCUUUGAGCUGCUAAGUAGCAAAAAUGGUGAGAAUUGAAGAGGGCAGAGAAGUCAAAGAUGAGCUGAUCAAGAAAGCUUGUAAGUUAGCAAUGGAAGCUCACAGUUUGUCUUCUGGGAAGCCUUAUAUUUACAAGAAAAAAAGUGGGUCGAUGGAUAUUUUUUUUGCUUUUGCUGGAACUUGGUCUGUUGAUGGUUGGUACAGUAGCACUUCUUUUGGAGAGACAAAGAUUAAAAUUGCUUUGUUUCCAUCUUUGAAAAGUGUUGGCACAGAUGAGGUAGCUAUGGUGAAUGAAGCAUUUUCCAGCAGAUUUGAAGACAUAUUAAACAAAUCUUCUCUUAAAAAUGAGGUGGAGAAGGCGAUGUCAGAUGGAAAACAGAUAGUGUUUGCAGGGCACUCGUCAGGUGGCCCUAUUGCUAUUUUGGCAGCCCUAUGGUGUCUGGAACAUUGUCGCAAAAGACCAAAUGACAACCUAGUUUAUCCAUACUGUAUAACAUUUGGAUCCCCUCUUGUUGGUGACAGAAUAUGGUCUCAUGCCCUCAGGCGUGAAAACUGGGCUCGUUACUUCAUACAUUUUGUCAUGAAGUAUGAUAUCGUUCCUCGGAUGAUGCUUGCUCCCCUUUCAUCGUUUCAAGAAUGGCUUCAAGCAAUCUUUGCCUUCAUCAAUCCAAAAUCCCCGUAUUAUCAGCACGAGGCAAAUGUAAGAUCGAGUGAUGCAUCGAAAAAUUUCUUUAUGACUGUAAUGAGGAGUGCAUCCUCUGUUGCAAGCUAUGUUGCAUGUAAUCUGAAGGGAUGUACAAACUUGUUGUUAGAAGCUGUUUCUAACAUUGUUCAACUCAGCCCUUAUAGGCCUUUUGGAACUUACAUCUUCUGCACUGGAAAUGGGAAACUGGUGGUCAUUGAGAAUCCAGAUGCUGUUCUGCAGUUACUAUUCUAUUGUGCUCAAAUGAGUUCCGAAACAGAAGGUGAAGUAGUUGUUGCCAGAAGCUUAAACGAACAUUUGUUAUAUAGAAACGAAAUGCAGGAGAGCUUAGAGAUGCAAGAUGUGGUUCAUCUCAAGAAUCUUACUGAUAUUCCCUUGUCUUCAAUUGCCAUUGCAUUAGCUAGUGAUGAAGUGGUAACUAUGAAUUCAGCCCUGAAUGACUUAGGCCUGAGUACAAGAGCAAGGUUGUGUCUUCGUGCAGCAGGAGAAUGGGAGAAGCAGAAAAGGAAGAACGAGGAAAAGAUUGAUGGUAAAAAGAAAAGCACCAAGGAACUAUUAAGCAAGAUACAGGAGUACCAGACCAAGUGUGAUAUUCAGAAAGUCGGGUAUUAUGAUGCGUUCAAGCUUCAAGAAACCAUAGAUGACUUCAAUGCUAAUGUGAAAAGGCUCGAGCUAGCAGGAAUAUGGGACGAAAUCAUUGAAAUGUUGAAAAGGUAUGAGCUCCCAGAUAGUUUUGAGGGACGAAAGGAAUGGAUACAACUAGGGACACAGUUCCGCGGGCAAGUUGAGCCCUUGGAUAUUGCAAACUAUUACAGGCACUUGAAGAAUGAAGAUACAGGACCUUACAUGAUCAGGGCUAGGCCGAAGCGUUACAGGUUCACACAACGAUGGCUGGAGCAUGCUGAGAGGGUGCAAACAGGUGAACGCUCCGAGUCUUGUUUUUGGGCAGAAGUGGAGGAACUAAGAAACAAGCCAUUUAUGGAAGUGCAAAACAGGAUUUUGAGUUUAGAAACAAACGCACGGGGUUGGUUCCAGAGUGGCCUUCUGGGCAAUGAUGUAUUCUUCCCUGAGUCUACCUUUACCAAAUGGUGGAAAACACUCCCUACUCAGCACAGACUGACAUCUUGGAUAUCUGGGCAAAUAAAUUCUUAGCGUCUUUUACAGCUCCAUAUUAUGCCAGCGCCCUAAUGUUUGAUAGUGAUGGUGUCCAAGCCAGCUUGCUGGCAUCUCGAAGAUUCCACCGUAGUCCAAAGUCCUAAUAAGAGAAGCCAGAUGGUGUAUAAGUGAAAAUGUCUGGAUAGACUGGAAACUCCACAUUACUUCAAUAAGAGCAACUGUAUGGUAUCUUAGCGCAGAUAA